AUGUUUAGUACAAAGGCUCAACUUCAAAAACGUACUCCUGAAAAUGGUACAGAUCGAGAAAACUAUUUAUCACUCUUAGUAGAUGAAUACUUAAAUUCAGUUUCAUUUGAUGCAAAGUGCCAAGUAUUAGCUAAUUUAGCGAAUUUUGCUUAUGAUCCCAUAAAUUACUGCUUCUUACGAGAUGUAGGAGCCUUAGAUAUAUUUCUGUAUGUACUGAAGAAUGAAUCUGACAGCAAAUUACUUAAUUUUGCAUGUGCAGGAAUCUGCAAUCUUUGCCUAGAUCCAGUGAACACUGAAUAUAUUCUGCACUAUGGCAUUUUGAAUUUCUUACCCAAAUUUUUGAAGUGUGAAAAUGUUGAUUUAGUUGCAUCAACAUUGACUAUAGUUUUUCAGAUAUUAAAUAUCCUUAACAAGCCUGAAUUAUUUAAUUUAGAAGUAGUUCAACAAAUAGAGGAACUAAAAAGAAGUGAAAGUCAAAUAAUUGCUAAUUUAGCAACAAUAUUUUUGGAGGAUAUCAGUAGUAAAACAUAA